AUGGAGCAGGUGUGGACACCUUUGAGCGGCACAUAUCGUUUUCCUAAUGUUCCAGAUCUCGAUGAGUACGUGACCGACAUGUUGCGAACGGCAACAGAUCGAGUAGUCUGGACGAGUGACUGGCCGCACAGCGGGGGCAUGGGGGCCAACCCAGAACGAGAUCGCAAAGAGGUGCAAGAAUACCGGAAGCUUGAUGAUACAGCAUUCAUAACUAGAUGUAGAAAGCGGUACCCAGAUGUUGAAGGCGGCACUGGAGACCAAUUGGCCUGCAAGAUCGGGGUAGAAAACCAAAGAAAGCUGUGGCAGUGGGAUGACGACGAAUGA